AUGUCGUUCGGCAAGCUCUACAGCUUCAAGGAAAACGCCCGCAGCACUGCCCUUUUGGCGGUCGCAAAGGAGAACAACCUUGACAUCGAACUCGUCGAGACCAGGACCCCCGUCACAGAUCCUGAAUAUCGCAAGCUGAACCCUCUGUCACGAAUCCCCACCUUUGUUGGCUCCAAUGGCUUCGUCUUGACUGAGUCUAUUGCCAUUGCCAUCUAUUUCGCCUCGCAGAAUGACAAGACCACUCUCCUUGGAAAAACCAAGCAAGACUAUGCUUCCAUUGUGCGAUGGAUGUCCUUCUCCAACAGCGAAAUCCUCCCCAACCUUUCUGGGUGGUUUAGCCCUUUGAUUGGCAAGGUUCCCUACAACAAGAAGUCGGUUGAUGACCACAAGAAAGCUGCUUCUGAUGCUAUCAAUGCUCUUGAACAACACUUCCUCAUUCACACCUUCCUGGUUGGAGAGCGCAUCACUCUUGCUGACCUGUAUGUGACCUCGCAACUGUCUCGCGGUUUCCAAUAUGUCCUCGACAAGGAAUGGCGUGCAGAGAAUCCCAACACCACACGUUGGUUCGAGACCAUUACAAACCAACCCAUCUGGAAGGCCAUCAUUCCCGAGCCAAUCUUGGUCGAAGAGGCCGUGAAGUAUACCCCACCCAAGAAGGAAGCAAAGCCUGCUAAGGCUCCUGCACCGGAGAAGGCUGAGAAGAAACCCGCCAAGGAGGAACCAGAGGAGGAGGAGGAGGCCAAACCAGAGGUCAAAGCCAAGCAUCCUCUCGAGGCACUACCGAAGCCGACCUUGAUUCUUGAUGACUGGAAGAGAAAGUAUUCCAAUGAGGAUACUCGUUCAGUGGCGUUGCCUUGGUUCUGGGAGCACUACAAACCAGAGGAGUACUCAUUGUGGAAGAUUGAUUACAAGUACAACGACGAGUUGACGCUGACUUUCAUGUCAUCAAACCUCAUUGGUGGAUUCUUCAAUCGCCUUGAGGCGUCCCGCAAAUACCUCUUUGGCGCUGCCUCCGUGUACGGACAGGCCAACGAUUCGGUCAUCCAGGGCGCUUUCCUGGUCCGUGGUGACGAAGCUCUGCCUGCCUUUGACGUCGCCCCAGAUUGGGAGAGCUACGAGUUCACCAAGCUUGAUCCCAGCAAGCCCGAAGACAAGGCAUUCGUCGAGGACCAAUGGUCUUGGGACAAGCCAAUUGAGGUCAAUGGCAAGACGUACGAGUGGGCUGACGGCAAGGUCUUCAAGUAA